AUGACAUAAAUUCUUUGUUUAUAGCUAGUACUACUUUGCACGGCUAUUUCUGCUCAACUUCAGAUCUUUCCAAUUCUUUGACAUAAGCAUAAACAAACUAAUUCAUUGCUUCUCUUCCUUUUUUUUUGUUUUCUUCCUCCACCCCUUAUCUUAUAUCAGGAAAAAGACACAGAAAACCUGCGUCUGCAAUAAAAAGAUCCAAUUUUGUUUACUUUCUUCUGUUCUUUAGAAUUCUUGAUAGCUGCUGUCCUUCAUUAAUUACACGUAGUUUUGAACUAUCUUCCUUCUACUUUCCUCUUUCUGGUGUUUCAUUGAUAUUAUCAGACUAAAGUUAGAAGCUUUGCAGGUUUUUUAACAACUUGGUCUUACUAAAUGGCUGAAUGAAUAGUACCCAUUAAUUCUUAUUGGUUAGUCAAGUUGUUUCUUUUGGUGUUUUUUUGUGGGUCCUUUUUGUUCAUUUUUCAGUCUUCACGUUUUUGGAUUCUUGGUCGAUGAUUUCAGAGCCAUGUGAUUGGUACCUUCACAACAAUAUCAUAUGUUAGUUUUCUUGCUUCUCUCUUAUCAUAAUUCUCAUUGAGUUUUUUUUUUCCUUUCAUUUUUGGUCCUUAGCUUUCAACUGUUCAGUCUUCCUUUCUUUUUCUGUGUUUUCCUGAGAAAUUUCGCUUGUUAAUCUUCCUUUGAUCAAAAUAUCAUCAAAUUGAUAUUUCCAGGUUGUUCUUGGCUUCAAAGUUUCUGACUUUAGCAGAAUCUUGUUCUAAGUUUUUUGUCAUGGGAUCUUGGAGAUUUUUCUAUUUAGUGAUCAUAUUCUUGUUUUUCCUGUUUGUGCCUGAGACUUGUAUAGCUAGUGUUCAGAAUAUAGGCAGUCUGAAUCUUGGAUUUCAAGGGUCUCAAAUGACUUGGAUAGACAAUGAUGGGUUAAUUCUUGUUUCCAACAAUUCCAAUUUUGCAUUUGGAUUUAACCCUACUAAAGAUGUUACCUUGUUCCUUCUUGUGGUCAUUCAUGUGAGUAGCUCAACUAUUGUUUGGUCAGCUAAUAGAGAUACCCCGGUUCGAAAUUCGGAUAAUUUUAUGUUUGAUGAAACUGGAAAUGCCUACUUGAAAAGUGGGGGAUCAACAAUUUGGUCUACUAAUACUGCUAAGAAAGGUGUUUCUGUUAUGGAAUUGAAGGACUCUGGGAAUUUAGUUUUGGUUGGGAAAGAUGGUAGUAUUAUUUGGCAAAGCUUUAGCCAUCCUGUUGAUACACUCUUAUCAGGCCAGGAGUUUACUCAAGGAAUGAAACUUGUAAGCAGUCCAAACAACAAUAACUUGAGCUAUUCACUUGAAUUUAAGUCAGGGGAUAUGGUUAUUUCUGCAAGUUUUCAGCCUCCACAGCCUUAUUGGGCUAUGGGGAAAGAUAAUAGAAGGACCAUUAAUCAAGUUGGAGGAGAUGUCACUUCUGCAAUUCUUGAUGGCAAUUCUUGGAAAAUUUAUGAUCAAAAGAAAGUGUUGCUUUGGCAGUUCAUUUUCUCUGAUAAUAAAGAUGCAAAUGCUACUUGGGUGGCUGCUCUUGGAAAUGAUGGUUACAUUACUUUUAGCAUUCUUCAAGAAGGCUCCAGUGCCGCCUCCGCGACAAGAAUUCCACAAGAUGAAUGUAGCAGGCCAGCAUCUUGUGAUCCGUAUUUCGUUUGUUAUAGUGGUAACAAGUGCCAGUGCCCAUCAGCACUUCCAUCUUGCAAAUUUGGGAUCGAUUCCUUUUGCAAUAAAACAAAAGAUCCUGUGGAGCUUGUAGAUGCUGGGGAUAGUCUUGGAUAUUUUGCACUUGGAUUUGUUUCUCCCGCUGCUAAAACUGAUUUAAAUGGUUGCAAAGCCUCUUGUCUAGGAAAUUGCUCGUGUGCUGCUAUGUUCUUUGAUAGCAGUUCAGGGAAUUGUUUUAUGUUUGACCAAAUAGGAAGUUUACAAGGUUCGGCUAAUGGUGCUGGUUUCAAGUCAUAUAUUAAAGUUUCAGCUAGCCAAGGGAAUGGAGAUAAUGGUGGAGGUGGAAAGGGACGAUUACCUAUUAUCAUUGGUAUAGUCAUUUCUACAACUUUUGUCAUUCUUGGCCUAAUUUACGGAAGUAUCCGUUAUCAGAGGAGAAAGAACAAGUUGCCGGAUUCUGCAAAGGAGAGUUCAGAAGAAGACAAUUUCUUGGAAGGUCUAUCGGGGAUGCCAAUUCGUUUUAGCUACAGAGAACUUCAGAAUGCAACUAAUAACUUCUCAAUAAAACUUGGGCAAGGUGGAUUUGGUUCAGUUUACCAAGGGGUUCUUGCAGAUGGGAGUAGAAUUGCUGUGAAGAAAUUGGAAGGCAUUGGUCAGGGAAAGAAAGAAUUUCGGGCAGAAGUUAGUAUUAUAGGCAGCAUCCAUCAUCUUCAUCUUGUGAGACUGAGAGGAUUUUGUGCUGAAGGAACACACAGGCUCCUGGCUUAUGAGUAUAUGUCCAAUGGUUCUUUAGAAAAAUGGCUUUUUAAGAAGAACAAGGAAUUCAUGUUGGACUGGGAUACGAGAUUUAAUAUUGCAGUUGGUACAGCAAAAGGCCUAGCUUACCUCCACGAGGACUGUGAUGUUAAAAUUGUGCAUUGUGACAUCAAACCCGAAAAUGUGCUUCUUGAUGAUCAUUUCCUCGCCAAGGUCUCCGAUUUUGGCCUGGCUAAGCUGAUGACGAGAGAGCAGAGCCAUGUUUUCACUACAAUGAGGGGUACAAGAGGAUAUCUCGCGCCAGAAUGGAUCACAAAUUAUGCCAUAUCAGAAAAGAGUGAUGUUUUUAGUUAUGGGAUGGUUUUGCUUGAGAUAAUUGGAGGUCGGAAGAAUUAUGAUCCUUCAGAAAGUUCGGAGAAAUCCCAUUUUCCCUCGUAUGCAUUUAAGAUGAUGGAAGAGGGGAAAUUAAAAGACCUUAUCGAUAGGAACUUGAAAAUUGAAGAAGAGGAUGAGAGGGUUUCCAUAGCAAUUAAAGUUGCUUUGUGGUGUAUACAGGAUGACAUGUCCCUUAGGCCGUCGAUGGCUAAGGUUGUGCAAAUGCUGGAAGGUAUCUGCACUGUCCCUUCACCACCAACUGCUGCUCAAAUGGGGUCGCGGCUUUUCUCAAGUUUCCUGAAAUCACUAAGUGGGGAUGCUACUUCAUCCGGCACCUCUGCGCCAUCAGACUGCAACAGUGAUGCUUAUCUUUCUGCUGUUCGGCUCUCGGGUCCAAGAUAGCAUUUGCAGGAGCAGCCGUUGUAGAUGAUUGACAAACAUGUACAAUGGUUCAUACCUUUUAGUAUCUCUGUAUGUAUAUUUUUAGAUUACUAGGAAAUUUUUUGCCAUAUUAGCCAUGACAAAGGUUGGAGUUUAAUUGAGAAAGUUUUAUAUGUAUAUGGAUCAAUAAUAUAAACCUGUUCAAAAUAUACAAAGAAAAAUGCAUGA